AUGAUGAGCAAUGAAGGAGUACCUCUUUCAAAACUAAAUAGCUCCAAUCUAUUAUUAACUACUUCUCAAUCAACGGAUUUGGAUGAUCAUGUGAGUGAGAAUAGACUAUUAAAGCUGAAGAUAUUAGAACUUUCAUCAGAAUUACAAAGGAAUAUGAUUUAUUUCAAUCGACGUUUAGGGGCGACUGAAUAUGAACUGGAACAGUGCAAAAAAACAAAUAAAGAUUUGUUAAGCAAACAUAAUUUAGAAAUUCAAUCUUUGCAACAUGAGAAUGAAACAUAUCGUAAUCAGAUAUCAAUCUUAGAAAUUGAUUUGGAGCAGCAUAAACAAACCGUUCAACUUAAACAAGAUAAAAUUGAUCAAAUGGAAGCAUAUUUAGCUAAACUGCCAACACUAGAAGAUUAUCAAGAAACUUUAAACAAGUUUCAAUUCAUUAAAAAUCAAAACGUAUUAUUAGAAAAUCAUAUUGAAGAAUAUAAAAUUAAAUUAAUGAAUUGUGAUAGACAAUUAACUAAUGUCAAUAAUCAAAUGAAACAAUAUGAAGAACGUGAACAAUUACUUCAAAUACAAUUAGAUACUAUUCAUAAUGAUAGUCUUAAUAAAAGCGAAACUGGAAAAUCCAAUAAUUUGAAAGCAUCAAAUGUUAUACCGAUUUUUGUUGAAGAUUUGAAAUGUGAAUUAGAACGCUAUCAGAUUGCAUUUGAAAAAACUAAAAAACUUCUUGAAGCAGAAACAUGUCGUGCAGAUACAGCAGAAACUCAUCAAAAAAUGGAACAACGUAAAUUCAAUGAAUUUCACGAACGUUUCGAAGCAGAAAUUACUGGUAUUAAAGCAUCCUUAUCAACUAGACGUGCUGAAAUUCGACAAUUAAAAAAGCAUAUUUCUGACAUAACAUCAGAAAAACAAGAAUUACUUGCAAAUCUUUUCAAAGCUUAUAAUACACUAAUAAAUAUUAUUUCAUUAUGGAAGUCGAUAAAUGGUCAAUUAUGUCAACGUUUAUAUGAAUAUAUUCAAGAGAAUGUUAAUGAAAUUGUUUGUUUGACUAAACAAUUAAAUAGUUUAGCUAAAGGACAGAAAUUAGAUUUAAGUGAAUUGUUGAUUCAACCAAAACCUUUGUCAAAUAACAUAAAUGAUAUCAUACUGAAUAGUGAAAAAGAAGUGACAGAUAAAGAUUUUGUAAUCAGUACAUCUCCAGAAGAUAUUUUGUCAUCAUUACAAAUACAAUCAACAUGUAAUUCUGAGAAUAAAACUAAUAAUUGUUUUAUUAAAAAUACAUGGGAAGAUUCAUUUGGUGAUGUCAUAACUACUGCAUCUCAAUUAUCAAAUAAUUUCAGCAAAGAACAAUUACAUACUUCCUUAAAUCAGUUGAUUAAAACUCAAACAUCGUUGCUAAAAUUACGUCAAGAACUUGCUAAUAAAUAUGCAGAUUAUUUAGGUGGAAAAAUAGAUUGUAUUAUUCAAUGA